CGCAAAGAAAACUCUAAUUCUCCUCACAAGAAACUAAUCACAACAUGGCGAUUUCCAGGCUCAGUUUCUCCUUCUUUCUCCUGAUAUGCUCUUGGGCUUUUGUGGGGUAUUGUGAGGGCGCGGACGCCGCGGAGACGAUGCAAUGCAUUCAGAAACUGAUGCCCUGCCAGGCAUUUCUGAAGGGUUCGUCGUCGCCAGCGACGUCGUGCUGCGUGCCGCUGAAAGAGAUCAUGGCCGACGAUGGGCAGUGCCUAUGCGCAGUGUUCGAGGACGAGACAAUCUUGAAGAGUCUGAAUGUGACGCAGGAUGAUUUUCUAGGGCUUGCCAAGUCUUGCGGUGCCAAUGCUGAUACAUCCAUUUGUCAUAAAGGCGCUGCAACCCCUUCUAUUCCACCCUCGGCUCCUUCAAAUUCUAAUAACAGUGCAAGUGCAUCCACUGGGAUAUCUAAUGCUGGAGGAUAUGUGAGCCUUGCAGCAGCCCCUCUCACUUAUUUCAUUAUUUCAGCAUUUUAGAUAAUAUUAGUGACGAAAUAUCCAAAAAAUAAUAUUAAAAUUGUA